AUGCUGGUGGAGGAAGGCGCUCACUCGGACCCGUCUCCGGUGACCCGCCAGCCGCCGGCGCUGGGGGCCGCCGCCGCCGACCCGCCGCGCGCCUCUCCCCUGCUGUUCCUGCGCCAGCCGGGUGUGGCGGCCGCGCGCGAGCUGCUACAGCGCUGCCGCGCCGGCCGGCCGCUCCACCGUCUGCGCGGCGCGCUCUUCUUCGUGCUGCUGUGCUGCUGUGUGGCGGCAGGUCUACUGCGGGGUCCGCCCACCUGGCAGCCGCCGCCGCCGCCGCUCGCUGCGCCCACAGAGGUGCUGCCCAUCACUGCCCGGCGCAGCGGAGCCCUGCUGCCGCCCAGGGUCCAGUUCAAGCCGCACAAACCCAGGGAGUCGAUGGUGAUGGGGUUCGGUGGGAAUCUGUGAGGGCGUGUGGGGAGGGGA